AUGCAGCACCUCCGCCGCCAGUCCCUCAAGAAGGCCCACCGCUCCGCGUCCAGCGUGCCAUCUCUCUGUCGCUUCUUCAGCACCGAAGAGAGGGAGCCCAUCCAUCGGCGGCCCGUGGUGACGUUCGAAGACAUCAGUACUGCCACGUACCGAGUCCGUGAAGGCAUUCAACACACAUCGUGCAACUAUUCUGCGUUCCUGUCCAAGCGCAUGGGCUACGAGCUCUUUCUCAAGAAAGAUUACCGCCAAAUGACGGGGAGCUUCAAAGAACGUGGCGCGCGCAAUGCCUUGAUGCUUCUCACGCCUGAGCAAAAGCAGCGUGGGGUCAUUGCUGCCUCGGCAGGGAACCAUGCCCUCGCCUUGGCCUACCAUGGGCGCAUGCUGGGAAUCCCUGUGACGUGCAUCAUGCCAACGAUUGCGCCUCUGGCCAAGGUCAAGGGGUGCCAAGAGCUCGGGGCGCGCGUGAUUCUGCACGGCGCGCACAUCCUCGAAGCCAAGAUCAAGGCCGAUGAAUUCGUCGAUACCGAAGACUUGGUAUACAUCAACGGGUUCGACCACCCGAACAUUAUUGCCGGCGCCGGGACGAUGGGGAUCGAGAUCCUGAACCAAGUGCCCAAGGCCGACGCGAUCAUUGUUCCCGUCGGUGGCGGCGGCCUCAUUGCCGGCAUUGCCCUUGCCGUCAAGACUCUCAACCCUUCGAUUCAAGUCAUUGGUGUCGAACCUGAAAACUGCGCCAGUUUCACGGCUGCGCUUGCCGCCGGGCAUCCCGUGGACACCAACACCAAACCGACCCUUGCCGAUGGUUUGGCGGUCCCGAAAGUCGGCGCGAACGCAUUUGAAGUUGCCGCGCCGUUGAUCGACCGCAUGGUGACCGUGUCGGAGAAAGCAAUCGCGCUCAGUGUCCUGCGAUUGUGCGAACUGGAAAAGGUCGUUGUCGAAGGCGGUGGCGCGGCGUCGCUCGCCGCUCUGAUCGAUGACAAGUUGCCGGAUCUUCGGGUACGCUUCAUGCAGCGUGCACACCAGACUUUGACGACUGCAUUGGCGACGAUUGCUCACGACAACGCGGGUGCGUCCUUGUAG